AAGGGGAGCUGGAGCCUUGCUGGGGAUGGGGCACUGGCACCCGCCACGUGGGGGUCAGCUCUGCAGGGAAGGACUGGGCCCAGGUGUCCAGGAGGGCAUGGUGCCCCCAGACAGUGGCAAGGCAUGGACCAGGGCAGGGCUUGUUCCCUUGUGCUGUCUGUCCUCCCUCGGGGGCCAUGGCUGGAGACUGGGACCAGUUUGGGGCCUGCAGUAACUUGGAGAUGGUCUGGGCUGGAGCUGUGCUCUUCGACCGACCCCAGCAGCUCCUGCAAGCAGAGUCCUCAUCCCCUGGUGCCCAGCAUUCACCAGUGCUCCUCACGGCCAGUGCCUCCCAGUACCCUGAUCACCCUCUGGACCUCAAGUUCUCAGUCACCCGGCUGUCCCCAUUGCCCAUGCCCCCCAGCUGUCCUCCUACCUUCCCAGUGUCCCCUAAUGCCAGUGUCCCCAGUGCCUGAAGAAGAGGAGUCAGUCUCAGCGUGCCAUUCACUCAAGGGACUGCAGAGGGGUCAGAAACAACUCUGCUUAGAGUCCCUUAAUUUGAGGCUGCAUCAUUUCUGGGGGAGUCCUGGGGAGUAAGCCUGGCCUGGAAGGUGAGGGGCACUGGGAGACAGGGAGAUGUGGCUUUAGGGGCUGUUGGAGGAUGGUUUCUUGCUGGGGAACUCACUGCAGGGUGUCUGACCACCCCCUCGCCACCCCCUGAUGCCCGGAGCCGUCCCUGUGGAGCUGCCCUGUGCAGGAAGCUGGCCUGGUGCCACAGAAGGUGGCUGGCCUCAUCCGGGACUGCGUAGACCACGGAGGAAGAUGAAGAUCGCCCUGCUCAGCAUGGCCCUGCUCCUCGCCAUGCUAUGCCUCCCAGCAGAUGCUCUGUUCCUGAAAGACUCUGAGUUUGCAGCAAGUGGAGGUUUUGAUCUGGAACUGAAGUUUCUGCGAGGGAAGAGGGCUCUGCAGCCUGUGCCUGUCGAGGUGGUGGCAGCAGUGCGCAAGAAACGCCUGGCUGCAGAUCUCUAUGCCUAGGCCCACAGAUUGUGAUGAACCCCCAUCCUGUCCCCCCCCAGUUACAUGAAGAGACGGUCAUCCCUGGAUCGUGCUGCCAGAUCCUCUGGAUGAUAUGGCCCAUUUCCCCUCCGUCUGCAAUAAACACCUUCAGCAAAGCUA